UCCGCGGACGGGCUAUCGCUGUGAGGAGCUUGUUUGAGGGCGGAGUGUGUCAAUGCGGGGAAGUUUCGCGGACGAUUUUCCCAAACUGGUCAAGACGGAGAAUCAGUCAACAGAUGAAUUAGUAUUGAAAACAUCACCUGUGGGUUGAGGAUGGCGACAUCCCAGAUUGAGAAAGUGAGAGAAUUCCUCACCUGUGUGAUCUGCCAGGAACUGUACACAGACCCCUGUACACUGAGGUGUGAUCACACAUUCUGCAGGAAAUGUGUCAAAGGGUACAUCCAAACCAGACCAGACGCUGUACAGUCCAAGACGAUCCCCUGUGCCUUCUGUCGACAAGAUACCAAGGUCACCCACCCCAGGCGGCCAGUGGAGGAGUGGGCGGGGCAGAUCAAACCCAGCAUCAUUAUACAGGGGCUGAUUGACUCACAGGAAUCUGCUACCACAACGGCAGUUGAUGACACCAACAAAAACUGCUCCUUGUGUGACAGACUAGGGGAGACAACUCCGGGGACCUCCUGGUGUCCUGAAUGUGAAGAGACCCUCUUUGUGUAA